AAUGCUGUAAUUUACGUAUUCUCGUUGUUAAAAAAGUAUGUAUUUUAAGUAAUCUAUUCAAUAUAAAGUCGAUCGAAACAUUUAUUUUACACUAGAAUAUCAUUAUUAAUCGCAACAGGGCUGCCUAGGUAUGCUUUUUUACGCAAUCACAAACAAAACUACCGGUCAAGUGGUUACGGGUGUGCUGGUCAAAAGAGUCCAAAAUACAGCAAAGCAAAUAAUUCUAUUUAUUUCAACAUGCUAACGCUGCACAACGUUGCCGAUGAGGAAAUGAACGCUCUGCUGACUCAGAAGCAGAAACUGCUGCUCGAGCUGAAGCACUACGAAAACAACAUCAAGUACAACAAGGAAAUCCUGAGCAACACGAGCGAAAGCAAUCUGGUGCAGAGUGUGCCGGACAACGUCGGCAUCAUACCGUCCAACACGCGGCUACAGAUCGGCAUUUCCACCAGCUACGAUAGCAACGAUAUGAACAUCGACAUCACCGUGUCGACCAACAACUCGACCACGAUCCGUGGCGUGUUGAUCUUUGCCGAUCAGCUGUUCAAGGAGGAAUCGCUGAUCGCGCACCUGACGAAGGACGUUUCGCGCAUACUGAUACCGCUCAAGACGCUCAAGGACAAUGCGCAGGACAUUCACAUCAAAGCGUUCGUCGGCUACCCGAGCAGUGUGCAGUUUCACGUGUUUGAACUGACCCGUCAGCUGCCCAAGUUUGCGAUGUACACCAUACCGCACAAUCUGACCGGGUCACCGAAGAGUGUGUAUGAAGUGAAGAUCAUCUGAUUAUUUUAAACCGCCAACACGUGCUUGCAUGCAUAAGUCAUCGACAUUCGACCCCAAAACCGAAUGCCCG